AUGAGUGCCAUUUUUUAUACGUUUCUCCUGGUUCUUCAGAUAGCAAUUAUUCAGAGUACAAACCCCAGAGAGUACGGGAAAUGCGAUGUCCGGGACUCAGACUGCCUUACCAAACAGGUCCAACUCCGGGUACCAGAAAUAACCUCGGACCUAAUAGCGGAGAUCGCGGCGAGACAUCUUGACCCACUGAUCAUAGACGUUGCUGAGAUUGACAUCGCUGGUGUAAAAAUUAAUUUCUACAAGGCUGUGCUACGUGGAAUCAAGAACGUCGUGAUUGAAAACGUGGAAUUGGACUCUUCGAGAAGACAAAUGCGAGUGGUAGCUCACACCGACGCCAUUGUUAAAGGACGUUACAGUGUCGAUGGAAACGUCCUCGGUUUUGUUAUUAAUGAAGAUGGUGAUGCCGAGAUUAACUCCAAAAACUUCCAAAUUGGUUACGUGAUGCCGUACGAAAUCGUCAAUGACUCCAACGGCAAGGCUGUCUUCGACCUUAAGAGUUACUCCUUCUCUUACGAUAUUAAAGACAGCGUGCAGUACAAUUUCACCAACUUGUUUAAGGGAAACAAGGGAUUAAGUGACUCUAUGCAUCACUUCCUUAACAGGAACACUGGAUGGUCCAAGGUCCUAAUCACAACAUACGGAAAGCCUCUUCUAGACAUGAUUGCUGGAAAGAUGUUCAACGCUUUUAGGUCAUACCUUUUAGUGCAUCCCAUCGAUGAGAUGGUCUAUUAG